AGCGGAAAUUGACCAAUGAGGGAAAGAGAAUUCGUUGAACCUGGAGUGAUUGGCAGACCCAAGGCCAAUGCGGGAGCGCUUGGGGCGGGUUUUGGUGAUGACCAUGAAGGGGGUGUGCAAGCCGAGAGGGAGAUACGCAGGAGAGGGAGAAGCUGGCUGGCGGUGCUGAAGAUGGCGGAUGGUGACAGUGGGAGCGAGCGCGGCGGUGGCAGCAGCGGAGGAGGAGGAGGAGGAGGAGGUGGUGGAAGCGGGUUCCAGCACUCCCAGAGAGAGCAGGAGACCCAGGAGCUGGCGUCCAAGCGACUGGAUAUCCAGAACAAGCGCUUCUACCUGGACGUCAAGCAAAACAACAAGGGCAGGUUCAUCAAAAUCGCCGAGGUCGGGGCCGGGGGCUCCAAAAGUCGCCUGACCCUGUCCAUGUCAGUUGCGGCGGAGUUUCGUGACUACCUGGGGGAUUUCAUAGAGCACUACGCCCAACUGGGGCCUAGCAGCCCGGAGCAGAUCGCCCAGUCCUCGGUCGGAGAGGACGGUGGGCCCAGGCGAGCCCUGAAGAGCGAGUUCUUGGUCCGUGAGAACCGUAAAUACUACCUCGAUCUGAAGGAGAACCAGCGGGGGAGGUUCCUGCGGAUCCGACAGACCGUAAACCGAGGGCCCGGGUUCGGAGUAGGGGGGCCUGGAGGAGGCAUGCAGGCCGGGCAGACCAUAGCCCUUCCGGCCCAAGGCUUAAUAGAGUUUAGAGACGCCCUUGCCAAGCAUAUAGAUGAUUACGGUGGAGACGACGGAGAGUUGGCGGGUGGAACCGCAGCUGGGGCCUAUGGGGAGCUUCCCGAGGGCACAUCCAUCAUGGUGGACUCUAAACGGUUCUUUUUCGACGUCGGGUCCAACAAAUACGGCGUGUUCCUGCGAGUGAGCGAGGUCAAACCGAGCUACAGGAACUCUAUCACCAUCCCGUUCAAAGCGUGGGGGAAGUUCGGAGGAGCUUUCAGCCGCUAUGCGGAGGAGAUGAAAGAGAUCCAGGAGCGACAGCGGGAUAAAAUUUAUGAGAGGAGAGAGGAGUCGGAGGGAGAGGAGGUGGAUGACGACUGAGUAGUUGAAACUGCUUAUAUAGUUCAGUUCACACAGUAAGAUCAGCAAUAGAUAUGUGGCAGAAAUGACAGAUUUAAGUGCAUGACGAAUCGAACUUUAAUACUAGAAAAUAUCGUGGCGUUAAAAAGUUAAUUUGACACGGGAACUAUUGAUGUAUUUAACACCUGGAGUUUGUUUAUGAGGGUUAUAUGGGGUGUGAAGUAAAACAAAAAGUUAAAGUUAUGGGACUAGUAAAGUAGUGUGUAAAUGAGACUUUUCUCAUGGAUUUAAAAAAAGAUUGCAAUUGUGUUUUGUAGAAAAAGAAAUAUACCUAAAACCAGCAACGUGGUUUUCAUAACAAUUUAAGAAGCCAAUGACAUCUUUAUAAUAAAUGUUUCCUUUCAAAUAUAGAUAUAUAUUUAAAAGAGUAAGGAGUGUACCUUGACCCCAUUGAUUUAGCUAUUUACAUUUCUCCGUGUAAGGAGAUAACCAGCAUCCAUUGUAUUCCCAUUCUAGGUCUCUCCUAUGUGGGCAGUGUGUGUGGGAUCCUUACAAGUUAGUGAAAGUAGUAGGAAGGAAUGUCUAGAAUGCUGCCUGCUGUCAUUUCGUGGAGGUUUAUAUUUAGUGUGUUAACCGAUAGAGAUAGCUAUAUAACACAGGCAGGCCACUUAACAGACGAUUAUGAUGAGAAACGUUAGAGAGAACUAUAUCUGCAGGCCUAUCUAAAGGCCUCAGAGACUAAAUUGGAGCUGUGUGCUAAUGUAGUUAGCUCACAGUAUCACGUCACUCUCCAAGCAAAUAGACCUAAACACGGAGUGAUUUUAAAAAAUUACAUAUAAAUGCCAGGCAAUAUUUACAAAAUCUGUUUCCUGACUUAAUGGGUUUGAAAGCAAUCUGUAAGUCUCUGUAAGAGUGGAGCAGUGUGUCUCCUCAGUCCUCACGCAAUGUGACCUGGUGUCAAUAGAUUGACAGGCCUGUUAACCAAUCGGCAACCAGGAAGGACAGUAUCUUCCUGCUGUAUGAGUCCCAUGGGAGCCUGCCCUCUCAGCAUUGACACACAGAUGGGACCCCCACUUAUCCACACACACACACCAACACACUGCGGGAGCCUUGUGAGCAGGCCAAUGCAAGUGAUCACUGUGUGAAACCCAGAGCUACUACUACUACUGUCACCCAGCCAGCCAGGCUGUGUGGGGCAUCAAUGAUAACAUACCACCAGUUCCUCUGCUCAGGCCCAGCCAGGAGAGACCACACACACUCUGUGUCUCAGAGCCCAGGCCUCAGCACCGCCACACCACUAACAUCACACUACGCCACUGGACAGUAACGUAUGGAUGGAUGGUUUCCUUUUUAUUUCGAAAGAGAACUAUAUUGAAAGAAUAUUAUACGUAUAAAAGAGAAGAUACUGAACAAACCAGCAUACAAUAUUUUUUAAAUACCUUAAAAAGAAAAGGAAAAAUGUAUAUGAAUUAUAUAGCCUAAGUAUUUCAUGAAACAUAGCUGGGAUGUGACUAAAUAGUCCAUGAUGUUGUUUUCUUUUAGCUUUUUCUUUAUUUUCACUUUCAUUUUCAUUUGUUGGGUUUCUCCCAGAGAGUGAAAGAAAUAACACUUCUGUGAUUAAAAAGAAUAAAAAUGCAAUAGAUAUUGUGA